CUGUCAAUUUCAAUUGUCAACUCCCACUUGCUAGAGCAACCGAAAUUUUUAUCGUUAGAUUGAAUGAUGCAAAGUUUAUUUUCGUUUAUACCUUAGAAUAUUCAAAGGAUUAUAAUAGUAGUUCAUCUAUGUGAAUGUUCACGUGAAAAGCAUUUAUUCGUUCUGUUUCUUAUUUUUUGAGUGUUUUGUAUUCACAACAUUUAUUGUUUUUCAGUACAUCGUUAAAGUUUGUGUACCAUACCAUGAGUUGUUCGAAUUCUAGUAUCAACUUAUCUCAUAGUAUAAGUGGGUAUAUAACUGCUAAUGAAGAUGAAUGUGACAGUAGUCAAUAUUUAUCUGUUUUGAGCCAAGAUUUAACUCUAGAAGAAAUGAAUAUUACAUUGACAAAUGAUAAAAAUGAAGAGAGUAAUGUAACUGAGUUGGGGUCUACAGAAGAUAGAAAUCCACCUUUCAUUUUCAAAGUAGAUGAUACCAAUGAAAUUUAUGGUGUCCAAGUGGCACGAGAUGAAGAUGGAAAUCUUCAAAAAUACCAGAUUCAGUAUAGUGAAAAUAUUAAUGGAGAGUUAGUGCCUAUGCUAGAAACAAUCCAGUUCUUACCCUUGGAUUAUACAGAACAGCUAAUUCCACCUGAAGAAAAUUGUUCUUCUAUUGAAAUAUCUCAACCCAAUGACAGUUUUGUUGUAAACCAUGAAGAAUUUAUAUCCCCAAAAAGAGACUUUCACAUAGAACAUGAAGGGCAUAUUAAUAGAGAUGAAAAGGGAUGGAAUAUUCAAACUGCCACAGAGGAAUCUCCUAAUUAUCCAAUAAAAAAUGAACCUGAAGGUUUUUAUGACCAAAGUUCCAUACUUCCAACUGAAGUUGAGAAAACAGUUAUAGUUGAAGGUCCACAUUCCAUUGAAUUGACUUCUGUUGAUGCAGAAUCGAAAGAAAUUCACGAAGAUGUUGGGAUGUCCGAUGAGGGAAAUCACCUCAUGGCUAUUCAGCACCUUGAAAUCGGACACUGUUUAGAUCAGGAAGAAUUGUAUGAAGAGACUAUUGAAGAAAAUCAUUUUGAGCAACUAUUCCUAGAGGAAAAGCAUAUGAUUGGUAGUGGUCAUCUCAUGGGUUGUACCAAAGAUUCUUCACAAAAUGAAAUAUAUCAUAUUCUAAAUAAUAUCUCUACGAAUCCAGAAAAUGUCUAUGGCGAUAGCGGAAACUCUAUCCUGAAAGAAACAGCAGAUCAGCAUGCUAAAACCAACAUAUUGAAAAAGUCUAUACAAAAGAGUCUUUUAAAAGAUUUCAUCAAUUCAGAACAGAAAAUUGUUUAUGUCCAGACGCUACCUGAAAAAGAGAAUAUGAAAGUCAUGGAUAUUGAAAGCUUCAUCAGGCCAAACUCCAGGAGUUUACUCAAAAGCAACCAACCAUCUCAAGUAUUGAAACAAACAGAUUGUAUUCAAUCUGGAAAUAAAAAUAUUCAAAAAAAUCCAUGCAACAGAAACGCACCUCGUACCAAAGAGACGAAACAAAUUUAUAGGACUAAAGAGGCGAAGCAGCAAAGACUGUUCAUGAACUUCAUCAAUUCUACUACUAUCCCCCAAGUGCCAGAACGUAAAGAAAGGUUGCCCAGGAAACAACAAAUAAAGCCACUUGAACAUCCUAAUGAAGAUAUCGUUGUCAAAGAAAUGAUAGUUUCUGCAAACAAUUUCGUUGAACCUGUUUCUGCAGAAGAAAGAAAAUUCCUCCCUGUUACAGAGUAUGUUGAACUUCUUGACUCUGGUGAUGAAUCAAAUUCUGGUAAUAAUAAGAAGAAAAGAAAGAACAAUAGAAAAGACGAACUUAUUGAAAUUGAAAUAAGUGAUACUGAUGAAUGUGAUAAAAUUGAUUUAGAACUUGAAAAAUUAAAAGAUAUUGAGGACAAAAAAAGCGGAAUGAGUAAAAAACGAGGAAGGCCGCCAAAAUAUAGAACUUCUGCUCAAGAUAAAAAGAAUAUCUACCCAAAUUCUCCACCUAAAAUGAGUCGUUUUGACAGUGAUGUUGAAAGUGUCACGUCCACUUUGCAAGUAAUCAGGAUGGAAAAUCAAAUCAAAGGUGAUGUGGAGAAUGCUGAAAAAUCAUCAAAAAAAAAUUAUUCAGUGGAAGAGAUUGAUAAAAAUCCUACAGACAAAGAUUCUUUAGAGAAAUCUAAAAAUAUAGAACAUACUGUAAGUAAUGAAAAAUCAUCACAGACAGAUUUACAAAGAAGUCAGACUCAAAAUUUUCUUGAAUCCACACUGAAAAGGGGGUUUGAUUACAAAUUUGAGUGUGAGCAGUGUAAAUCCAAAUUUAUCAAUAGGUUUUUACUAAGUAGACAUGAAUGUAUUGCGAAAUUUGGAUCAACCUUUUCUUGUAAUAUUUGCAAGCAGAAGUUCAUGAAUAAUACAAGUUUGAAUUUGCAUAAAAAAAAUCAUAUGAGGGAAACUCCCAUGCUUAAGCCUAAUUUGACCAAAAUUCCUCAGUCUAGAAUAUUUCCAAAAAAAGAAGCUGUCACUUCGAUGAAAUCAACCAUAUCGAGUUCUAGAAGUUCCACAAUUUCAAAGACACCUUUAAAAAUUCCGCUCAAACAAUCAUUACUGCUAUCUAAGAAUCCAAAAACUACUUCAUCUUUUAAAAGUGCCAGGCAGUCUGUCCUUCCAGUUGAAGGGAAGCAAUUGAUUGUCCCCUCCAAAAGUGUUGUGGUACCCACAACCGAUCUGGUGCUGCCUGUCAGAAAUAAUUCUUCAGAAAAUAAAACAGAUACCGCUGUAGAAGGAUGUAAUAAAACCCAAGUGAAAGGAGAUAUCUCCAAGCUUCCUUCAAUUGUAGUUACUCCAGAAAAAAUACCAAAUAGCUAUACUUUCAAGUGUGAGACACAAUGUGACAAAUGUUCCAAGCACUUUGAUAACAACACAUCAUGGUUUGAACAUCAAGUGUUGAAUCAUGGUUUCAAGACGCCUGAUAAAAGUAUAGGGGAAAAGAAGCAGAAGAAAAUUGUCAAAGAUAAGGUUAUACAUAAUGGAAUACGUGCAGCUCCUACUGUUGCUAAGAAUUUCUCUAUGUUGAGGAAUAAAGUACAACACAUAUAGUGUAUUAUGUUAAUUUAUAUGAUUUAUGUAUAAAGAGAAUAUUUAUUAGAAAAUGAAAAAGUUUAUUGAUCACAACUUUUUCAGCAAUAUUCAUUCAUAGAUACAAAUUUUUGAGUACAAUAGCAAUAAAUUCAAAUUUUAUAUA